CCCUUCGAAGAACGAGGGAAAACGAAGUUGAUAAAGAAUCUCAAAACUCUACUUCUAUCCAUCAAAGUGCUUUCUCUGAGAAAUCAAUUAAUGAAAAGAUAACUCUUAUAACACAACAUUCGGGCAAUAAAGCUAAAAGGUCUGAAAUAAAAAUUCACAUUAAUGAACUCGAAAAAUUGGUUCAUUGGCAUGGAUUGGAAGAAGAACAACUGUCAGAUCUUUUGAAUCUAGUAUUUAGUGCAAAACUUGAUGUUGCGGAUACCAAACGGAUCAUCAAAUUACUUAUCCCACGACAAAAAAUUUCCGAAAAUCUUGUGAUAAAAAUAUUAGGAAAAUUAGGGCAUGAGUUGGUUAUUCAUUCGAUUCAGGGAUUACUGCUCCGUUGGAUUAUUCUCGUUUAUCCAUUAUUGGAGGAUUAUUCAAGGCUACAAAAACUAUAUGGUGUGAUUUUUCAUUUCUUGGAAUACCAGGGUUUACGAAUAAAUUUACUUGGUAGAUUUGGAAAUGAACCUAAUCUUAUUGGGCUAAUAAGAAUUUAUAAGGAUUAUUAUCCAAAUUAUGUUAUGGUUUCGAUUCCUUCGACACGAAAAGCGAUAUUCAAAUGUCCCGAUUCCGCCUUGCAGUUACUUAUAUUACAAGUACAAAGAAGAUGGAAUGCGUUAAAUGACUUGUCUAUUGAAAGUUCGCUUAAUCCUCCAUUGAAUGUGAAAAGAAGAAAAGUCAACGAAAUAAUAAUUCCGAAGGCUGAAACCUCAAACGUGACCAAAAAAUCAGCUACCAUCAAAGAUGUUAUCAACUUUAAGCAGCUCGCUUCUAAGAUUGACAAACUUGAAUUACCCGAUCAACUAGCAUCUGCUCUAGACAAUCGGAUGUUGCAGCAUAUACUUAUUUGCAAUCCCGAAAGGAUCACUUUGAUGCGAAUAACUAAUUGGUUAUCACAAUGCCUUUUGGAAUUGACGUAUUGGAGUGAUCAAAAUAUAGAGACAAAAAGUCGUCUAACGAAUUUAUUAGAAAAGCUUAUUGUAAUGACUGAAUUUAUAAAGGAAUUACUUCCUAUUUUUGAAGAUUUCCUCAAAAAAUUUAUUAUAACCUGGGACGGUGAACAGAAUCGAGAUCUAAUCUUCAGGCUAUUAACCUAUAUAAAACCGCAAGCGUUUAAUGAUUUAUACCGAGAUUUUUUGUUUCAUUUGCAUAGACUCUUUUCUGUAUCGUCAGCAGAUUGGAAGGCAAAAUUAAUACUAUGUUAUGCAACAUUGCUUCGAUAUUGGGCUUCGCUGAUAGCGAUAAAAAGUGAUAGUAGAGAAUCCCUGGAUCAAACCAAUGAUUCUACCAAUCAUUUUAUUUUUGGACAAUUGGACCCUGACGUUGAUUACAUGGAAAGCAUACAGAAAUUUAUAUUAUACUGUGACGAUAUCUCAAUCGUUGCUUUAGAGGUGGAAAAUGAUGAUAUAACGGUUCAACAUGCAGUUCUAUCGCUUUAUGAACGUGUGAUCUCGCUACAAAUAGAAAAUAAUUGGGAUAAGUUAGUAAUGCCUUCUUCGUCAAUUAUCUAUCGUUGUUUCUUUUCCUCCUCUGGCAUGGCAUUAUCAAGAGUUUGUGAAAUCAUCUUACAUUAUAAAUUGGCCUUUGAUAAACGGGAAAAAAGCGCUAUUCAGCUCGGAAUGCCUCGUCAUAAUCGAAGCUACGUGAAUCAUUUCAAUUCAUUUGUGAUGGAUAUUUGCAAUUGCUUAUGGCGGAGUCACCCUUUUAGCAAAACGGAUAAGAAUGCUAAAGGAUUUCAAUUGGAAAAGUAA